UGGUGAGGGCUCCGUUUGGACCGCCAGGCCCAGGCGGACCCCGAGGCUAAGGCGCGCAGGGGAGAGGCUACGCGGGACGCACGGGUGGGGAGCCCAGGUGGGUGGCUUGCCGCUCACCCGGCGCAGGGCGCACACCCGCCUCGCUGCGGGUUAGCAGAGGUCACGCCACCGCGGCCGCAGGAGGGGCCAGGGCGCACCCCGGAGCUGGGAACCUCCCUCCCUACGAUGAUCACUUCCCGGCACCGCGCCUCCCAGCUCCUCCCGCUGAUCCCUCUCCAGCCUGCAGGAUUCUGGAGGUGGGGUCGGGAGCGGGGAGUCUUUGGCGGCACGUCGGGUAAAUGUGGGCACCCCGCGAAGACAGAUGCAUGCAAGGAUAUUAGAAUGUACAAGGAGACACCUUCUGCCGGUCAGCCUUUUGCUUUCAAUUGUAUAAACCUGUCACCAACGUCUGGGAAAGUACAUGUAACAUGGUAUAAAUAUCCUGGCCAAAGCCCAAUAUCCACAAAUGCACAGUCCAGAAUUCACCAGGAGCAAAACUGGAUUUUGUUUCUCCCCCUGACACAGGAGGACACCGGGAUCUACCAAUGUGUCAUAAACUAUACAAACACCUGUCACAGAAUCCAUGUAAACCUAACUGUGUUAAGAAAAUAUUGGUAUUGUUUUUCUGGAAACAGUCAACUGAUUUUAUCAGAUGAAUACAAACAAAUAUUACAUGCCGGAAAAGACGACAGUCUUACCUGUCAUCUGAACUUCCCACAGAGUUGUGUUUUGGAUUCAAUAACGUGGUACAAGGACUGUAAAGAGAUUAAAGGAGGACGGUUUACUCGUUGGAGAAUUAAGCUCUCAGUGAGCAACGUUUCAGCAGAGGACGGAGGGGACUACGCAUGUCAAGCCCAACUGACACACACAGGGAAGCGGUACACUAUUUUAAACAGCAUCACUGUGAAUAUCACAGAAACGCAUGGAUAUGCAGGAAGAAUUCCUAAAAUCAUUUAUCCAAAAAACAAUUCAAUUGAAGUACAACCUGGCACUACUCUUACUGUAGACUGCAAUAUAACAGACACAAGGGAUAAUACAAAUCUCCGAUCCUGGAGAGUCAAUGACACCUUGGUGGAUGAUUACUACAAUGAAUCCAAACGAAUCAGAGAAGGAUUUGAAUCUCACAUUUCUUUUCAGAAACAUAUUUUUUACACAGUGAACAUAACCUUCUCAGAAGUGAAAAUGGAAGAUUAUGGCCAUCCUUUCAUUUGCCAUGCUGGAGUGUCGGCAGCGUACUUUGUUUUAAAACUCCCAGCCCCGGAUGUUCAAGCUUACUUGAUAGGAGGGCUUGUCACCCUGAUAGGCGCAGCAGUGUCUGUCACAUACAUCUACAACAUUUUUAAGAUUGACAUUGUUCUCUGGUAUCGAAGUGCCUUCCUUUCUACUGAGAUCAAAGAAGAUGGGAAGAUGUAUGAUGCCUAUGUCUUGUACCCCAAGCCCCAAAGAGAAAUCCAGAGUCAUGAGGUGGACACACUGGUGUUGAAGAUUCUGCCCGAGGUGCUGGAGAGGCAGUGUGGAUACAAAUUAUUUAUAUUUGGUAGGGAUGAAUUUCCUGGACAAGCUGUGGCCAAUGUCAUUGAUGAAAACAUCAAGCUGUGCAGGAGGCUGAUCAUCAUCAUAGUUCCUGAAUUCCUGAGCUUUGACCUGUUAAAGAACAUGUCCGAAGAACAAAUCGCAGUCUAUAAUGCGCUCAUCCAGGACGGGAUGAAGGUCAUUCUGAUUGAACUGGAGAAGGUCAAGGACUACACGGCCAUGCCAGAGUCAAUUCAGUACAUCAAGCAGAAGCACGGGGCCAUCCAGUGGAGUGGGGACUUCACAGAGCAGUCACAGUGUGCAAAGACCAAGUUCUGGAAAAAAGUGAGAUAUCACAUGCCACCCAAAAGGCCUCCACCGUCUUCUUCCGCCCAGAUGCUGAAGCACACGUACUGAGACCUCAUAGCCGGCAAGUGAGGGGCCAAGGUGGCCAAGAACACGGGAGUCCUAAUUCCUCAUGGAGGAUUUGCCAGUUUAAGGAAAAGAAGCUAUUUCUCUGGAUGUACCCAGGAGCAAAGCGACGGCCACUGAUGUGUUCCUCAUUCUGUUCCCCUCGCUGCCUCAGUUUUCUCUUCUCUGCUUUGUACCUGGAGAUUGCUAUCGAUGCUGGAGAAGGCUUGUUGGCUGCGGGGGUCAGACAGGCAUUUUGCCCUUCACUUUGGCUUAUGUGGAGUCCAUGCCCCAAAGCCUCCCCCUUCCUUCCAAGCCCUUUCUUUCCAGGGGAUGAAGAGAGACAGAGAAGCCCCAAGAGUCAGGAUACACUUGAAAGAACUCUGGCCAUGAUAUUCAGGGAAAAAAAUUUUAACUGAAGGGGGGAAAGAAAAUCAAUCGGCAUUGAACGUUUUGCAGUAGGCAGCCCACAGUUUUUGGAGAAUCCUAAGCUUUCUACUACCUUCUUAAAGUCACACAAAGAAUGCCCCUGGAGACAGGUGCUCCUGUUGAGACCCACGGCAUCACGCCUGGGGCCCAUGCUGUGAGUGCUCAGCUGGAGUAACUUUCCAAACGGUACUGCCCUGCCUGCUGGCUGGUGUCUUCUUCUUUAGGCAAGGACCCCGAGCCUUCCUGAUCCCCUGAGUAUCCACACAGGGCUACCGGCUCCCAUGGGGGCUUUGAAUAUUGUCCCCACUUGCUGCUUGGUCUUGAUUAUGAGGAGCUCAGGGAGUUUCGAAGCCUAAUCCUGGGAGGUAGGUGCCAGGAAUAACCUUCCGCUGGGCUCACUCUACCACGCAGUAUCCCAGGCCGGAAGAGUGUUUGAAGGAAGUACCUGAACUGGGGAGACCCAGCUGAGGCCUAUCCUGGGCCUCCGGAGGACCGUGCUGUCACCCCUCCUCCAGCCUCAAGCCAGUCCUACCACCUCUCGGAUCAUGUUCCAUUCUCCCUGAGACACUCAGUGGCUGUGAGUCCAAGCACCCUGGUAUGGUACCGGAAGUUGCUCACUUCUUGCCAUUAUUUCAUUGGAACGCCCCUGAAAUGAAACUCGACAAUAUGUCCUGAAGACUCUACUUGCCUCAGAGCCUUCCAGAAUUUCUGUAACAGGAGUUCAGAGGCAUUGUUUGGUUGGGGUAGUGGUGGUGGGAGAGAAGGGCUUGAAGUAGCGUUUGUGCAGAUAGCCCUUGGCCGAGGAUGGAGAAACCAUUAAUUCCGCGGGUCAGAGAAUGGGCUGGUCCCUAACAGAGAUUUCAGGGAAGGGGUGCUGGGAUUCCACUGAGGAUCCUCAAUUUAAUCCACAAUGCAGCCCCUGAAAUGUGCAUUUCCACUGUUUUGUAGGUGUUCUUUAACAUUACAUCUCAGCACUGGGACCCGUAAUUAAGUUGCUCGCGAUCGUGAAGUGUAAGCUUCAUACUGAGUACUCGCCCAUCUCAUUCUCAAUUUUAUUAGUACUAGUUUCCUGGUUUCAGCAGUUCCAUUUUUAAUUUCCACCAGUUUUUAGUGGAAUAAAGGGAUACAAUGUGGUAAAAAUGUAAGUGAUUGAAUUAGCCUGGCUUUGCCACUGAAACAUAGAUUAGAAGGUAAAAGCAAAAAAUAUUCAGUUGUCAGCUGUGGACUCAUGUCUAAGUUUGCACAACUAGGAAGGUUUAGGUGUCACCGGAUAGUGGAUAGAAAGGCAGAUUAUAUGAAAGCUGAAGGCCACCACUGAUUCUCUCCUGUUUUCCCCAGUGGGGCGUGGUGAGGUAAAUGGGGCUCCGGAUAACCUGAGGGGACAGGACUCACCUGGGGGCAGGGGUGAGAGGUGAAUAGGUCAAAGAAAAGAUGAAACACAUGUGUUGAACCCCUCCGUUACCUUUUGGCCUACCUUCCUAUAAUGACUGAAUCAACCACAGGACCCACUUCCUUUGGUUUCUCCCCUCAAAUACUGUGAGUCUGCCUGUGAGAAAGUCCUGGGUGAAGACUGAGUCACAUUAAAUAGAGGGUCCAGGAAGGUCUGGUCUUUUCCCAGAAGGUCAACCGAGAUAAAGACACAUAUGCGAAAGUGCCUGGCACAGGCCAUAGAGUCACGAGAAGUCGUCUGACCUACCUGGGGCUGGGGGGCAUGAUCCCCCAGCGCCUUCUGCCCCUGCCAAACUGCGGUGACUCAGAGGUCUGCCUGCUCUGGCCCAGUCGGUUGACUUUUCUUUGGCUCUUGAUCCUGACUCAUUUUUUAAUAAACUUUCCUCCAACAGA